CAUUUCUACCAGAACAGGGCGCAGCCUCCCACCAGCGCCUCCCGUGUGCAGAGUAACACGACGGCCCGGCCCGGCCCCCCUGCCCAUGUGUAUCCGGCUGCUUCCCAGGUGAUGAUGAUACCCUCCCAGAUAUCCUACACACCUUCCCAAGGAGCCUAUUACAUUCCCGGACAGGGUCGCUCCACGUACGUUGUCCCGACCCAACAGUACCCGGUCCAGCCCGGUGCCCCUAGUUUUUACCCUGGAGCCAGCCCCACAGAAUUCGGGACUUACGCGGGUGCUUAUUACCCGGCACAGGGGGUGCAGCAGUUCCCGGCGGGGGUCCCCACUGCCCAGGUCAUU